UGUCAUGUGUCCUCCACUCCUUAUAACGAGAAUGUGACCUUCAAGUAUUGGCUUUACGGGACUAUCUCGUUUGAUUACAUCUUAUAAUCCUGAGCCCCACUAGCACCAUGUCAGACCUUCCCUCCGCCAUCCACCCUGACAUCCUUCCCCGCCUCGACCCUGAAUAUGUCGCGAUCCACAACGCCCAUAUAGCACACCGCGUGCCCCCGCACACAAUCCCCUGGCAUCCGGAUAUCAGGAAGGCACCCUAUAUCCCCGGUGGCUCGCCUGUCAGAACGGUGGGGGCUGUCAAGGAUAUCAGUCUGCAGAACUGCAAGAUUCGGGCUUUCAUACCCGAAGGAACCCCUCCUCAAGAAGGGUGGCCGGUGUUAUUAUAUAUUCAUGGAGGCGGAUGGACGCUUGGGAGUAUCGACACUUUGAACUCGUUCAUAUCACGUCAAUGCAAAGAGAACAACUGUGUUUCAGUGGCUUUGGACUAUCGCUUGGCCCCUGAGAACCCAUAUCCUGCAGCAGUUGAGGACACGGUUGAUGCAUUGAAAUUCAUCUAUUACAACGGGAAGGCAGAGUUCAAUGCGAAUGUGAACAAGAUCGCGGUCGGAGGGUCGUCCAGUGGCGGAAACUUAGCUGCAAUUGCAUGUCUCAAAGCGCAAGAACAAACGCCUCCCAUCCCCAUCAUCUUCCAGCUAUUGAUUGUGCCUGUGAUCGAUAACACAGCAUCUGUGGCUGACGGCCGCUACCCGUCCUGGAAAGAGUGCCAGAACACCGUUUGGCUGAGCGAAGGGCGGAUGAUGUGGUUCCGCAACAUGUACCUUCCUGAUCCUGCGACUUGGACAGAACCAGACAACUCGCCCAUCUUCGCGUCGGAUGCUUUGCUUGCCAAAGUUCCGCCUGCUUUCAUUAGCGUCUGCGAACUCGAUAUUCUGCGGGAUGAAGGAAUCGCGUAUGGCGAGAAGUUAAAGUCGCUUGGGGUGAAGGUAGACGCAAAGGUUUACCCAAGAGCAUCACAUCAGAUUCUCGGGAUGGAUGCUGCACUGAAGGUUGGCAAGCAGCAAGCUGACGACGCCAUCAAGGCAGUGGGUGAUGCUUUCAAAGCAGCAUAGGUAUCGAUAUGAACGUGACAGAGAAGAGUAGAUGAAUUGUGUUUCCAACAUUAGGGGAGGGGGGUUCUUGUUGAAUGUCAGGUCGAAUAUAUGUACCUCACGGAUAUGUCUUAUGUUUCUGAGAUGACCCUCGCGGCCGCAGGUGUAAAAGUGAAUUCUUUUAGGUUUCGGCGCAAUGACUGGGCCUAGUUAAGAUGGACACCCGAAGAUCUAUGCAACGCAAAAAUAUUGUCAGCAGGUUUCGAACCAACUCCAAGAGGAACAGAUUUGGACUCUGUUGUGGCAAC